CUGUAUCUCCUCGCCAAGCUAUUACGAAGGAAAUGUAGUCUGAUAACGAAGAAAAUUAAUACCUUUCCAGCGGGAAAUGAGCUUUUUUAAAAUUUGAUGGAAACUUGGAUUUAACCUAGCUCACUUCUCCAUAUUUACAGCAAGAUGAUGUACUGGCUGUGGAGGGAAAUGAUCGCUUUUGCGUGCUUUUUGUCAUUUUUCGUAAUUGUAAAAAGUCAAAAUUAUCAAAAUUCGAUCCCUAAAAGAAGCGAUUUUGCUAAAAGUGCAAUGACCCCAUCUCAAAAGCAAGCUAUGCUGGACGCGCAUAAUAAAGAAAGAUCAGAAGUGCAACCCCAGGCUGCUAAUAUGGAAUACCAGAUUUGGAGUGAUGAUCUUGCUAACCUGGCGCAAAUGUGGACCAAUAAGUGCAUAUGGGCUCAUGGAUUUCUCAAGUUUGGACCAAAUUAUCCUAAUCAACCCAAAGUUGCUACGAAAGAAGAACAAAUUGGUCAGAAUUUAGCGCGAGAAUACGGCGAAACUACCAGUCCUGAAGACCGUGUAACAAAAUGGGGCAUGGAAAAACAGGCUUACCGUUACUCCAAGCAUCCACCAAACUGCGUCCCCAAAAAAAUGUGUACCCAUUACACUCAGGUGGCCUGGGCUCGAAGUAAAUACGUCGGUUGUGGAAUGAAAUUGUGUAAACGUUUAGGAAGUGGAUAUCAAACUAAAAGUGGUCAAACAUUCGUUGGUUGUGAUUAUUCACCAGGAGGUAAUAUGCAAGGAGACUACCCCUACAAGCUCGGGACUCCUUGCUCCAAAUGUGCUUCUGGUUAUGGAUGGUGUUAUAAAAAUCUUUGCAGGUACUGCGCAGAUUACAGUCCACAAUGUGGUGAAUCCGGUCUGACUAAAGACAUGUGUUCAUCGGAUAAAGAGAAAAUGGCGAAAUUUUGCCCUAAAAUGUGCAAUCUUUGUGAAUGUCCUCUCAAGUGUCAAAGAGGCAAACUAAGCUUAAGCACCUGUACGUGUAAAUGUCCUCCUGGUUAUCGACCUCCAGACUGUUCAGAAAAAUGUGAAGAUUUUUCUGAAUACAAUUGCAAAAAGUAUAUAAAGGGUGGCCAACGAUGUGAUCUACCUUACAUGCAAGAAAAAUGUCCAAAGACGUGUGGGAUUUGUGAUGAUGGGUCUGGUACUACAGUUAAGCCACCCGAACCUGGUCCUGAAACUAUCAUUGUUGUGCCUGAAGUAGAAAGACCUCCACCAAUACCUGCUCCUCCUCCUCCGCCUCCUCCCCCUCCUCCACCAGAACCAGAACCAGUACCACAAGGACCCCCGCCUCCUACAGAACCAGUACCUUCAGGUCCGAUUGUAGCGGUUGACUGUAAAGACAGUAAUCCCGAGUGCCCCUUGUGGGCUGAUGAAUUGGAAUGUGAAAAAAAUCGCAAAUGGAUGAUGAAGAACUGCAAAACAAGCUGCAACCAAUGUAAAGAAUGCGAGGAUAUUCUUGAAACAUGUCCAGAAAUGGCCCUUCGAAAUGCGUGCAGCAAAAACCCCGAUAAGAUGCUAACAAAGUGUAGAAGAAGUUGUGGUCUUUGUAAAGUUUACGAUAAAGAGAAAUGGUGUCCUGCAUGGGGAGCCCAGGGAUAUUGUACACAAGAGAAGCACUGGGCCUGGAUGCUUAACAACUGUCCACAAAGCUGUGAUUUACCACUGUCUGGCCAUCAGUUCUGCGCAACAAGGCCUGACGGUCGUUACCCAACGCCUGUAUCAUGUAAAGGAUUUGUCCAAUGCACAACUGGUUGGACCAAGUACCAAGCCUGUCCCCAGGGUAAAUCCUUUGAUAAAGACUCGAAUUCGUGUCGGUUGGCUGAAAAUGUCUUAUGCGAAAAUCCAGCACCUGGAAGCGUAUAUGAUUAUGAUAUCAAACGAGAGGUUUAUUUCAAUCCACUCCACUUUUGCCACUUCAAAGUUGCUAUGAUGUCCAGGUUCGAACUGGAGACCAUUGUAUUGUGCGUUUUAUCGUGUUUUAUAAUUACUAAAUGUCAGGUUCAGCAGAAAGCUCCUACGAGUAAAAGUGAGUAUACUAAAACCUCACUUAAUUCAACUCAAAUGCAAAAUAUGCUAGACGAGCAUAAUAAAUAUAGAUCGAUGGUACAACCACAAGCCGCUAACAUGGAAUACCAGGUUUGGAGUGAUGAUCUUGCUAGUCUGGCCCAAAUGUGGGUAAAUAAAUGUAUAUGGGGUCAUGGAUAUAUAUCAUUUGGAUCAGAAUAUCCUAAUGAUCCCACUGUAGCAACGAGAGACGAACAAAUUGGUCAAAAUUUAGCACGAGAAUAUGGAAAAACGGACACUCCCGAAGCUCGAGUAGAAAAGUGGUACGGCGAAAGCCAGCACUACACUUAUAGUAAAUAUGAUUCCCCAAUGAGCCCAAACCAGUGCAAACCGGGAAAGAUGUGUGGUCAUUACACUCAGUUGGUCUGGGCGCUAAGCCAGGAUAUAGGAUGUGGUAUGAAAUGGUGUAAGACAAUGACUGGCACCUCUAGUCCACCUGAAGGACAAACGUUUGUGGCUUGUGAUUAUGCAGCUGGCGGUAAUAUGAUUGGUGAAUACCCCUACAAGUCCGGGACUCCUUGCUCCAAAUGUGCCUCAGGUUAUGGAUGGUGCUAUAAAAAUCUCUGUAGAGAUUGCAAGGACCACAGCCUGGAAUGUGGAAAGUCUUUAACCAAAGACAUGUGCACGUCGGAUGCUGACAAAAUGAAGAAAUUCUGUCCAAAAAUGUGUGAACUUUGCGAUUGUCCUCUGAAGUGUCAACAAGGCACAUUGGACAAAAGCAAGUGCAUAUGUAAAUGUCCAAGUGGUUUUCGACCACCAGAUUGUUCAGAGAAAUGUGAAGAUGUUUCCAAGUAUCGUUGUAAAGAUUAUCUAUCUAAAGGUAAAAAGUGUACACAAGCAUUCAUGCAAGAAAAGUGCCCUGCGUCUUGUGGGAUUUGCGAGGAUGGUAGUGGUGUACCAACUGUUUUAACCACAAGUUCUCCAACCCCUGCCAGUGGUCCUGCAGGAGCAACAAGCGCGCCGGCACCACCACAGCCACCAGCACCACUACCUACCCCUCCCUCACCAGUACUACCACCAUCUCCAUCCCCACCACCAGCAGCACCAGCACCAUCACCAUCACCACCUCCACCUCCACCUCCACCUCCACCUCCCCCUCCACCUGCUCCACCAUCAUCAGCUCCAUCUCCUCCGCCGCCGGAGCCACUUCCACAGCCACCGUCACCGUCACCUGGUUCUUUACCAAUUCCAGAGUCAACAUGUGAGGAUUCUGAUAACCAGUGCCCUCUGUGGGCUGACCAACUUGAAUGCGAAAAGAACCGAAACUGGAUGCUGCAUAAUUGUAAAUCAAGCUGUAAUCAAUGUAAAGAUUGUGAAGACCUUCUGCCAUCCUGCCCAGAAAUGGCUCUCAUUGGAUAUUGUAAUCGAUCACCAGAAAAGAUGUUAACAAAGUGUAGAAGAAGCUGUGGACUUUGCAGAGUUUACGAUAAGGAAAAAUGGUGCCCUGCUUGGGCAGCCCAAGGAGACUGUAACCACGACCAACACUGGGCCUGGAUGCUUAAUAACUGUCCACGAAGCUGUGAUUUACCACUUUCUCGUCACCAGUUUUGUUCAGCAAAGCCUGACGGUCUGUACCCAACCCCCAUAUCAUGUAAAGGAUAUAUCCAAUGCUCCUCUGGAUGGACCAAGUACCAAGCCUGUCCCCAGGGAAAAUGGUUUGAUAAAGACUCCAACACCUGUCGAAUGUCCGAAAAUGUUCUCUGCUAUGAGUUUUUACUGGGUUAAUAAUGUCACAUAAAUGAUUUCAGUGUUAGUGUCCUUAUCUCCCAUAGGACUCUCCCUGUUUUACCUUUUGUCGUAAUCAGAUUUUCAGACUUUCAGAGAUUUUGGAGAAAACUUUUAGGGUCAGGCCCUUCUGAAAACCAGGCUACGUUUAGGUAAUAUGAAAACGACGAUUUUGAUGUUUCAUUCAAGAAGGAGGGGCGCGCAGAGCAGUGGCAGUUAUUCUCAAAAUGCGUCGCCAGCAUGGUACAUAACAGUUUUGACCGAGAGCGUGUACAUAUGGCUUAGCUUGGUUUAUUGUAAGGUUAUUUUUGCCGAAACGGCGGCCAUCUUGAAAUACUUACAAUGUAAAAAUGAAAUGUAAUUACUGAUCUUGCAAAAAUAUUAUAAACUGUACAGUCUAGUAAAAAUCUAUUUGGAUCA